GAAUCUCGCGGUGUUUGGGGUGGAGCGGCCGUGUGCGUGACGACAGAGCCGCUGACGGAGCUCCAAUCUGCGGCUACAAAACCUGCGGAGCCACCGAGCGAGCCAGCGUCAGGAGAGCUGGAGGAAAAAAAAUGGCGUUCACAUUCGCGGCCUUUUGUUAUAUGCUUGCUCUAUUGCUCACGGCGGCGCUUAUCUUCUUCGCUAUCUGGCACAUAAUAGCAUUUGACGAGCUGAAGACUGAUUACAAGAAUCCUAUUGAUCAGUGUAACACUUUAAAUCCGCUGGUGCUCCCUGAGUAUCUCAUCCAUUUCUUCUUCUGUGUGAUGUUCUUCUGUGCUGCCGAGUGGCUCACCCUCAGUCUCAACAUACCGCUGCUGGCUUACCAUGUGUGGAGGUAUAUGAGCAGGCCUGUGAUGAGCGGUCCAGGACUCUAUGACCCAACAACCAUCAUGAAUGCCGACAUCCUCGCAUAUUGUCAAAAAGAAGGCUGGUGCAAACUGGCUUUCUACCUCCUGUCAUUCUUCUACUAUCUCUACGGGAUGAUUUAUGUUCUGGUGAGCUCUUAAAGCGCGAGAAGAGGGGGAAAAGGAUCUGCAUGUACAGUAGACGACCAAACACUAUGACCUUAGUGGCUGGUGCUGGAAACUGGACCUGCUGAAGACCACCGUUCAGCAACACAAGACACCAUUUCAAGAGGAUGAACUCUCGCCUCCCGCCCCCCACACACACACUGCAGAGCAUCAUUUUGGAAACAUUUAGCCCGUUUUAUCUCGGCCGCAGAGUUCCCGUCAUAGCUCUAUAGUUAAAAUUUUAACGGAAGAACGAGAGGCCUGGACUGACUCUUGCGUUUGUUUGUUUUGUUUUGUUUUUCUCUCUCCUUUUUUUUUUAUUUUUAACAGUGUGGUGAUUUGAUGCUUGGGAUUUAAAAUAAAGUUUUUCAUCUUGUUUCCCAACUUUUGACUGUUUACAAAUUAGGUAGAUAUAAUUUUCAAGUGUGCAUUUAUCAGUAAGACUCUUGGCCGUGUGCUUAAUCGCAUUAGCUUUUUUUCUGUGAAUUAAGACUCCAAGCUUUUAGAGGAAAUUUAUACAUGCGACGUGAUUCAUUACUACAACUAUAGAAAUGCUCAAAUCAAAUCCGACCCAGGUUUUUGGCUCUGCCCCCAGGUGCAUAGGGUCCUAGGUGAAUAUUUGCCAUUAGGACUCACUGACAGUUUGAGUGUAUGGGUCAUUUAUCACUUGAUGAAACGUGUUGCACAGGGAACAAUCACAGCCUGGUUGUCACGAGAUCAGUUUUCAAUCUAUCUGAUAUUUUUUUUUCCACUUUUUUUUUUUUGCCAUAUCCCCUUCAAAUCUUGUAAUUCCCCCGUCAUUUUUGGGGGGUUUUGUCUCAAUUAGUUAUUGUAUAUCCCGAGUAGAGAGCGCUGUGUCUGUGAUCUGUAACCCUCCUUAGAAGAAAUGCCCUUGCAACUAUUGAACCUUGUAAUCCGAAAAGGUAGACUCAACAGUACAACAGUGUAUUCACCUUUAGCAGGCAGGAGUACAUGGUCAUCCUCUGCAUUCAGGCUUCGGUAGGAAACCACUGAUGUGCCAUACUGUUGAAUAUACCUUUUGAAUUUUGUGACUGUUUGUCAUUGUGCUUUUUGCUCAUUUGGACACCAAAUAUUCCACUGUGUCUAUUUAUUCAGGGUUUUUUUUUUUUUUUUUUUGGUUUGUUUUGUACUGUUCAGGAUGUUAAACACUCCCUCCCCACAGUGUCUGUCAUUUUCUAAAAAAAAAAAAAAAUGAAAUCCAGAAAGUAAUGUUUUAUUUUCUUCAGAGCAGAGGCCAUCAGACGAAUCUUUUCUGAAACACUAGUGUUAUUUAUCGCCACUUUCGUACAUGUGAAUUUAUCAGGGAAAGGGAUGACCAUUUGUCACGGAUCACUUUUUUUUUUUUUUUUUUAAAUUUUGUUGUAUUGUUUUUAUCCCACCAGGUCACGUUUGAGGAAUGACAACUUGAGUUCAUAUGAAUCUGAAUAAACCUACCCCACUGUACAGAA